ACAUCACUUCUUUGGUGGAAACUUCAGUGACAAGUUUAGCUCCUGCUGUGAUCAGUGCGCCAUUUCGUAUCCCACAAUCGAGACCCUCGCCCCCGCUAUAAGGAUUUAAAUCACUAGUUCUGCCCCCUCCAAAACUAAGUUCAGUCCGACAUGAAGUUCUGUGCUGCCGUGGCUCUGCUACUGAUCGCCGGCAUUGUGGCCAGCGGCGAUGCCCUGCCCGCCAGGAAAAGAAUGGUCUACCUCCAGCAGCCCGCAGCAGCAGAGUGGUACGGAUCCGCACCCCAUCAGCGCUUCAUGUAUAUGCAGUAUGUCCAGCCCGGCCGCACCCACGCCCGUUCCACCCAGGCAGCCAGUGCCCUCGUGGCCGGAGAGACCGUAGCCACCGGAACCUACCUGAAGGAUUGCAAUCACGCAGAGUCUGAUACUAGCGCCGAGGGAGUCCCAGCUGACGAUGUCCUCGCAGCCGCCGGAGCCCACGGCGCAACCUCCGUGGCCGAGGCUUAUCCCGACCAAGCGCCAGUUGUACAGGUGGCCACCAAUUCCGACGUAGCACCCCAAGCCGAGUCAGAGGCUGAACCCGAGCCCGAGGCCGCAGACGACGCCGCUAAGGUUCCACGAGACUUCAACUUCGCCGCCGAGGAAGCCUCCGUCGGCUCUGCUGCUGAGGAGGAAUCAGUUCCCCUGCCCGUUGCCGAGGCCGAGCUUCCAGCCCCCGCUCCCAUUGCUCCAGUGGCCGCCGUGGUGCCAGCGAACCGCUACCUGCCCGCCAAGAAGAAGGUGAUCGUCGAGCUGGAUCAGGAGGAGGAGGAGCCCCAGGCCGCCGCCAUUGAAGACGAGGAGGAAGUAGAGAACGCUGUGGCCGACGACGUUGAGGAGGACGAGGAGGAGCUGUCCGUGCCCGUAAAACCCAUUAACCCUGUGCGCGUGCCCAACGCCCGUCGUCCCGCAGACAAGAAGCCUGUGAAGGCUGCUUCUCCUGCCGGCAAGCCCUCCAAGAAGCCCGCCGCCCCUCUGCCCGCUGGCACCUUUUUCCCAAUCGAUUUCGGAGGCACCAACGGCGGCGCCAUUGCCAUUGCCAACUCUUUCAGCACCGGCGAGGGCGGAUCUGCUACCAGCCACGCCAUCGCAUACGGCUCUCCGGAGUCCGCCGUCCGCCGAGCCCGCCCCAAUCCCAGCAAGUUCCGCCACUAAUCCUUGAACCACACCUUGAUGGCGCCAGCAACUGCGAGGGCACCCGAAUCAAAUCAGUCUAAAACGAUUCUCCUGUAAUUAUUAGCAAAUUUGUCAAUCUUUGAGCGCAAUAAAAUAAAGUUUUAUGUUUUU